GGCACCGCGUGCACCAUGAGACCAGAGACAGCGGCUGGAGCCCGGGAGGCGCGGGGUCGCGUCUGUCAUUGCCCCGCGGAAGGUGCCCAGAGGUCACCGCCGCCGCGCGAGCCCGAGAGGCCUACACCCUGGAGACCUUGGCUCCUGACACCCCGAGAUGCUGAGCGGACCAGAACUGGAAGCCAGCCGGAACCUGGGAGUGACCAACAAACCUCUGGAUCAAAAGGAGCCUUUGGGUUUCGGCAUCCUGUAAGACUUUAUUUACCCAUUUCCAAGCGCGAAGAAUUCCUGCAGAGCUCUGGAGAGAGAGUGCUGGCCAGUUUCCCGGUGCAAGCCACGAUCCACUUCUACGACGACACGUCGGACUCGGAGGACGCAGAGCACGAGGAAGACCCCCGGCUGCCUCCCGGGGGGGCGCAGGGCAGCCCCGGGGCACCGGCCAGAGACCAGCCGGUGCACCGGGGAGGGAGAUCUGGAGGACGCGGUGGCUCUCCAGGGGGCGCCGAAUGCUCCUCCUCCAAAUAGAUGGGGUCUCCCAGGCAGGCCUGCCUCAGGCGCCCUCCUGGGGACAACUGUGCCUGGACACUUUGCCUUUGCCCUGGGUGUGCGUGGGGCUCGCAGCUUCCCCUUUUCCCCGGGCCGACUCUUCCUCGGGACACCCCUGCGUAGCGCCGGGAGAGGGUUCCCACGCCAGGGGGAGCUUUUGCGGCAACACGGGUUCUCCGCGGGCUGGGUGGACUUCCACAGCGCGGUCUGCGCGGCCUCUCACUUACCCUGAGGCGCAUUUUGUUGCUAUUUCUGCUUUUGUGAAAAGAAUAUUGUGCAAAGGUUGAGGUGGUUGGGUAGUGGCAUCCUGAAAAAAUUGUUUAUGAAAAACAAACAAAACAAUAACUGCUGUAAGAAGGACAGAAUUAGAAAGGUGGCUGUCGUGUCAGGCCUGUGGCAUGAACAGAGAGGAGGGCUCCAACCCUGAGUUGGGGACAACUUGGGGCCUGCUACUUGAAUGGAAUACCACUUUUCCAUCAAGUGUUGAUCGUAGAAUUAUUUUCAGUUUUGGUCAUUGGACCA